GCGGAAGCUGCGGAGCCGGGGCGAGCACUUCCGGGGCCGGGCGCCAUGACGUCGCUGCGGGCCUUCACCUGCGACGACCUCUUCUGCUUUAACAACAUUAAUUUGGAUCCACUCACAGAGACUUAUGGGAUACCUUUCUAUCUACAAUAUCUGGCUCACUGGCCAGAGUAUUUCAUUGUUGCAGAAGCACCUGGUGGAGAGCUAAUGGGCUACAUAAUGGGGAAAGCAGAAGGCUCUGUAGCCAGGGAGGAGUGGCAUGGACAUGUUACUGCUCUCUCUGUUGCACCUGAAUUUCGCCGGCUGGGUUUGGCUGCUAAAUUGAUGGAGCUCCUAGAAGAGAUUUCAGAAAGAAAGGGUGGCUUUUUUGUGGAUCUCUUUGUGAGAGUCUCAAAUCAGGUGGCUGUAAAUAUGUACAAGCAACUAGGCUACAGUGUGUACCGUACUGUGCUAGAGUACUACUCUGCUAGCAAUGGCGAGCCUGAUGAAGAUGCUUAUGAUAUGAGGAAAGCUCUUUCCAGAGAUACAGAGAAGAAAUCGAUUAUACCACUACCUCAUCCUGUGAGACCCGAAGAUAUUGAAUAACCAUACGCUGUGGUUCUCAGGUAGUUUACCAAAAAUAACAUGAACAAAUUUAAGGAUUUUAGAGAGCACUUUUUAAAGAUAACUGAAAGCUCUAUAGUGAGAAGAAAGAAUGGACAAACUGGAUAAAUAAGGCUCAAAGUUUUAUCUUCCAUGAAGCCCCCAGAGAAACGAUAAGUUUGCUUACACUGUUUAUAUUUCAACUUCCCAUUGUUAUUUAUAAAAAAAGCAAAUGGAUUUAAACAUUCCACCAUCAUGUUUUAUACUAAUCAGUCCCACAGAUGGGAAUUGUCAGUACUUUCACCUCCUGGGCCUGAGAAUCACAGCUUCAAUGUUUUUGUACUUGUUUGAAUAAUAGCUUUAAAGUAAGAUCUGAAAAACAUGAAAAGUAAAAUAAAAUGCAGGUUUAUUGUGUGA